AAAAAAAUAAAAUCUAAAACACCAUUUAUUUAAAAAAUGAGGAAGAAUUAACUUUUGGCAUGAUAAAAUUGUAAGAAAUGGAUGCAAGCGCCAAACAAGCAAAUGUUGCGGCCAUUUUCUAAAGUUGUUCAUGCUGUAGUAAAACCCAAUUCCAAUAACUCCCAUUACAACUAUCACAACUCCAGUUUUCAACUAGAAGACUCAUUUUUAGCUUUGCUUAAAAAAUGUUCCCACAAAAAUCACAUUUAUCAAACACAUGGCUUUAUGAUACAUCGUGCUUUAGAUCAAGACAAGUUCAUUCUCAGCCAAUUUUUCCACACAUGUUCCACCCUUGGUUUUGUCAACUAUGCAUAUUCAAUUUUCACUUCAAACCCCAAUCCAAACAUAUAUCUUUACAAUACUAUGAUCAGUAUUUUCUCUAAACAACAGCAUUUAUUUAAGGAUGCUAUUUUCCUUUAUAGACAAGCUAGAGCUAUUGGCUUAUAUCAUGAUACUUACUCUAUCCCUUUUGUGUUAAAUGCAGUAACUUGUCUUAUCACCGUUAGGCAAAUUCAUUGUGAAGCUGUUUUAACUGGAUUGAACAAUGAUGUACAUGUAGCAACUUGUGUUGUACGGGCGUAUUCUUCUUUUGGGUGCGUAUCUGAUGCACGUAAGGUGUUCGAUAAAAUGCCUGACAGAAAUGUGGGCUUGUGGAAUGCUGUGAUUGCGGGUUAUGUUAAGGCUCGUGAUAUGGAUACCGCGAAGUACUUGUUUGAUGAUAUGGGUGAGAAGAAUGUGGUUUCUUGGACUAGUAUGAUUGCGGGGUACGCUCAGGGGAAUCAGUUUUCUCAAGCUAUUGGUGUUUUUGGGAAAAUGAUGGAAGUUGGCGCGAAGCCUGAUGAAGUAACGAUGUUAGCUGUGCUUUCGGCUUGUGCUCACUUGGGUGAGGUUGAGUUGGGUGAAUGGAUACAUAGUUAUGUUAUAAGACACGGGUUACGCAGAACUGUGUCUCUUAAUAAUACACUUAUUGAUGUGUAUGCAAAAUCGGGGAAUGUAAAGAAGGCGGUUGAGUUGUUCGAGAGCAUGGAAACGAGGAGUGUUGUUACUUGGCCGACAGUGAUUUCUGCGUUGGCUGUUAACGGAUAUGGAAGAGAAACGCUUAACAUGUUUUCGCGAAUGGAAAUGGUUGGGAUUAGGCCGAAUAGUGUUACGUUGAUAGCGGUAUUAUCUGCGUGUAGCCAUGCAGGACUUGUGGAGGAGGGAAGAUUGUAUUUUAAGACAAUGGAAGAGAAGCAUGGUAUUAGUCCUGACAUCAGACACUAUGGUUGCAUGGUUGAUCUUUUAGGGCGUGCUGGUUACCUUGAUGAGGCUGUAAAUGUGGUUAAAACGAUGCCGUUUGAAGCAAAUGCAGCGAUUUGGGGAUCAAUUCUUGCUGCAGCGAGGAAGCAAGGUCAUGUUGAACUUGGGGAGCAAGCUCUGCGGCAUCUAGCUGAAGUCGAACCGCAUAAUAGUGGGAAUUAUUCUCUUGUGUCCAAUACAUAUGCUGCUCUUGGUAGGUGGAGUGAAGCUAGUGUAGCGAGAAAGAUCAUGAGGGACACAGGAGUCAAGAAGUUGCCAGGCGGCAGCUUCAUCAAGGUGAAAAACAGAGUUUAUUAUUUCUAUUCAGGCGACAGAUCACAUUCUGAGUGUGAGAGUAUAUACAGAGUUCUGUCACAGUUAAACAGGGUGUCAAAGAUGGUACUGAAUGAAGAUUGGGGACAUGAAGGGCUUCUUGCUGCCACAGGCGGAGCCAGGAUUUGAAGUUUGUGAGUUCGGGAUUUUAAUUCGUUUAAGGUACUGGGUUCUAAAGUCACAAUUUAUUCAUAUUCAACGAAUUUUUCAAGACAAAUACAGGGUUUGACCAAGUUAGCUAGAGUCACUAAGUUAGUGACAACUCUUGCUUAAAGGAUUACAUAUUAGCUUUUAAUUUUGUUUUUCAAAUUAAGUUUCAACUGGUUGUAAAAAAAAAAAAAAGUGUUGGGUAACGUUCAGAUCGGGUUAUUGUUGCUCCGCAAGCACUUACUCUUCCAUGCCAAUAUAUAUAACACUCUUUUCUUUUCUUUAGUUAAUAAGAAUGACAGAUUUUUAUAUG